GCGGUCCACGCCGCCCUGCCCAUUGUGCCGCCGCGGACCAGCCAGGCGCGACGACCACGGCGUCGUCUCCCUCGUCAGCCGGCCUACUUGAGGCGCCCCGCGUAGCACUCAAACCCCAAUCAUCCGACGCAGUAUUGUUGGUUUCCGUGCCGUCUCACGGCGGCGCGCCCCCUCGGGCCCUUGGCCAGCCAGCCAGCGCGACGCCAAGCCGAAGUGCCAGACACCCCAGCCCCCUGCGUUUCUCUCAUCACCCACUCGCACGCCGUCGCGAGUCGUCCGCCUCCUUUUCUACGCCCGCCCGUCUCCGCCUCGUCGCUUCCGUCCACUCCUCCUCCACCUCUCCCUCGUCUCCGUCUCUCACACGCUCACAACAUUGCUUCUCGCGCGGUGGAUCUGAGCGAGUGGCGGUGGUCUCGUCCCGCGCCCCCGGCGGCUCCGAUCUGACCGGCGCGCACGUGCUUGCUCGGGGGCGGUUGCGCUCCGUGAGGAAACCGGCGUGCGCGCGUCGGAUGGUGGUGUGAUUGAUCAGUUGGGAGCGAUGCGGCAGCCUCGGGAGCGCGAGCGCGGAGUGCUCCUGCCCCUGCCGGUGUUGGUGGUGGUGCUGACCGCAUUGGCGGCGGCGCCGAGGCUCGUGCGCGCGGUCACCGACGCAGCCGACGUCUCUGCCAUAAAUGGAUUGUACGUUGCACUGGGAUCGCCAACUCUUCCUGGAUGGACUGGAAAUGGUGGAGACCCCUGUGGUGAGCGUUGGCAGGGCAUUGUGUGUACCGGCUCUAGUAUAACUGGAAUAACCAUGAAUGCUGCAAACUUGGGAGGACAGCUGGGAAGUUUAGGGAACUUCACUUCGAUCACCAUCAUAGAUCUUAGUAACAAUAAUAUUGGUGGGACCAUACCAGACGACCUACCUGUUACACUGCUGAAUCUAUUCCUCUCCGCUAAUCAGCUCACUGGAAGCAUCCCGAGUUCAUUGUCAAAACUCAAAAAAUUAACAGCCAUGUCAGUCAAUGGCAACCGUCUAAAUGGAGAACUACCAGACGCUUUUGAUUCACUUAUUGGACUUGUAAAUUUGGACCUUUCUUCUAAUAACUUGACUGGCGUGUUACCACCUUCGAUGAAAAACUUGGCAUCUUUGACUACGUUGAACAUGCAAGACAAUCAACUGUCUGGAACCCUUAAUGUCUUGCAGGAUCUCCCACUGAAAAACUUGAAUAUAGAGAAUAACCUGUUUUCUGGACCGGUGCCUACGAAUUUACUGAACAUACCGAACUUCAAAAAGGAUGGGAAUCCAUUCAAUACCAGCAUAGCCCCAUCUGCAUCACCGCCUUCAACAUCAACAGGACCAGCACCAACUCCAACACCAGCAGGACCAAAACCAGGUCCCACACCAGCAUCAACACCUCCAUCGUCCCCUUCAAGAGCAUCUCCACCGUCUAAAACAACCUCAAACUCUUCUGAUGGAUCAACUGCCCGAGACAGCACUUCAUCAUCUAAGAAACACAAUUUGUCAACCCUUAAGAUUGUUGGCUUUGUUCUUCUUGGAGUAGUGCUGUUCAUAAUUAUAGUCCUUCUGGUUAUAUUUUGUCUGUCCAAGUACGAAGAGAGGCAGUCCAGAUAUGAUCAUAAUAGAAACCAACUGGCAAGGGUGCAUCAUAGGGUUGAACUCCAAAUCAAGCCAUCUCCAGUGGAACAAAGGGAUGAUGUUAAAAAGGGUCCAGGCAAGGCCCUUGAUAGGAGUGGCCGCGAGCUAAGUUCAGCAGCAGCAGCUCUCCCUAAGAAUCCUGAAAACCAAAAGGAACACAUAAUUAAUUUCGAUCGAACAGAUUCGGAUCUUUUCUCAGUUGCUCCACCACCCCCUCCACCUCCACCGCCGCUACUCCCCAGUGAAAAAGUUGUUGUAAAUCCCAUUGUUUCUCCAGAAAAAAGAAAUAGUCCUCCACCAAGGACAGGUACCCCAACUUCUGCCACACCAUUCUCUGUUGCAUCUCUUCAGCAAUACACAAACAGUUUCAGAGAGGAGAAUUUGAUAAGAGAGAGUAGAUUAGGAAAGGUAUACUUGGCAGAGCUUCCUGAUGGCAAGUUAUUGGAAGUUAUGAAGAUUGACAAUGCUAAUGGAAGAAUAUCAGUAGAUGACUUCCUAGAACGGGUCACAUUUAUCUCAGGGAUCAAGCAUCCUAACAUCCUUGAGUUAGUUGGAUAUUGUGCUGAAUAUGGACAGAGGUUACUCGUGUACAAUCACUUUAGCAGAAUAACACUAGAUGAUGCACUUCAUGGUAAAGAGGACACUGACAGUGCACUAUCAUGGAAUGCUCGGCUCCAGGUUGCUCUUGGUUCAGGAAAAGCCAUAGAGUAUCUCCAUGAAAGCUUCCAACCUCCAAUUGUGCAUCAGAAUUUUGAACCAGCUAAUGUGCUUCUUGAUGAUAAAUUCUCUGUGUGUGUUGCUGAAUGUGGACUGGCGGAACUGAUGCCACCAAGUUCUGUCACUCAGCUGUCAGUUAGGAUGCAUGCAUUACUGAACUAUGAAGCACCUGAAUUCCGGGAAUCUGGGAUCAUUACAGAACGGGGUGAUGUUUACAGCUUUGGUGUAGUGAUGCUAGAACUUCUUACCGGGCGUAAACCGUAUGAUAGUUCACGUCCACGUGCUGAGCAGCAUCUUGUUAGAUGGGCCAGCUCGCAGCUUCAUGACAUUGAAUCCCUGUCCAAGAUGGCGGACCCAUCUAUACGAGGACAGUGUUCCGAGAAAGCAUUGUCACGAUUUGCUGACAUAAUCAGCCGCUGUAUCCAGCGGGAGCCAGAAUUCCGGCCACCCAUAUCUGAAAUUGUCCAAGACCUAGGUAGAAGUGUAAAUGCUACUGGUGAGGAAUCAGAGUAACAAACAGAUCGUGGAGGACACACAAACCUCGUGCACCAAGUUGUGUGCUGUAAAUUUGGGAUGAUAAUUCUUUUGCCACACUCUGAGGAGAAUCUUGUGAAGAUCUAUUUUCCUCGGAGCGCAUUCCACACGAACACAUGUCAGAUUGGAGCUUCAUUUACACAUGAAAGGGGAGUGGAGGUGCAACCAUUGUGCACCUGGUUGUUGAUGACCGAAUCCAUGUACUUUUUUUUUUCUUUUCACGAAUACGCAGGAGAGAUGCGCUUCUUUGUAUUAAGCGAAAAGCGAAAGAAAACAGUUUUACAACGACCGAAGUUGGUCAAGUUAGGCGGGUAAAUGUUAAGUUAGGCGGGUAAAUGAUAAGUUAGGCGGGUAAACAGUUUUACAACGACAUGUCCAUGUACUUUUGCAGAAAUGAUAUUAUAGCCCUUGAAUUCCUGUAACUAGUAUUCAGGAAUUCGUUAUAUUUGUUGCUUGAAAGCUAGUUAUGUGUCA